AUGUUGUUUAUGUCUUUACUUUUCUACAGGAAUACCAACACCUCAUCCAAAUAUGACAACAUCCCCUGCAAAGUUCUGAUCCAAUCAGGAUCUCCUGCUGUGUAUCGGCUGAUACCAAGGAAAGAGAACAUUGGAUCUCUGACAAGAAUGACUCUUGGUGAAAAAAAUCCAAACAAAAUAAACAAAACCAUCUUACUUGUUGGUGAAACAGGAACAGGAAAAUCUACUCUGAUCAACGCUCUGGUCAACUACGCCAUGGGAGUGGAGUGGGAGGAUGAUGUCUGGUUUCAGAUUGUAGAAGACGAGAAGAGAAGUCAAUUAGAAAGUCAGACAUCAGAUGUGAUCGUGUACCAGAUCUUUGGUUUUGAAGGUAAAACUCUGCCCUACUCUCUGACCAUCAUCGAUACUCCUGGAUACGGAGACACCAGAGGGACUGAUCAUGAUGCCAUCGUCAGUAAAAGAUUAUUAGACUUGUUCCAGUCAGCGGAUGGAGUUCAUGAGAUUAAUGCAGUGGGUCUGGUGCUGAAAGCGAGUGAGAAUCGACUGAGUGACCGACUGAAGUACAUCUUUAAUUCAGUAGUGUAUCCGUUUGGAAAAGACAUAGAGAAGAACAUUGUCGCCCUCAUCACACACUCAGAUGGUGUGACUCCAGAAAAUGCUCUACAAGCUCUUGAGGCUGCGAAGAUUAAAUAUGCCAGAAAUGAGAAGAAUCAGCCUGCUCACUUCCUGUUUAAUAACUGCCAGGAUGAAGACAGAACAGAGAACAUAAGAGCUCUUAAAUUUGCACAUGAAACAACAACAGAAGGAAUGAGUCACUUCACAAACUUUCUGGAAAAAACUCCACCUCAAAAGAUGCAGAAAACCGUGGACGUCCUGAACGAGCGCAACAGACUGACAAUCUGCAUCCAAAACCUGCAAGAAAGAAUUAGGUCUAUAGAACUGAAACAGAGAAUUGAAAAGGAGAAUCAGGCACUCCUGAAGAAACAUGAACAAGACAUAAAGGAUAAUAAGGAGUACACAAUAGAACAUAAGAGCAUCUGCAAAGUUAAAAAAGACAUAAAGGGAGAAAGGAAGUGGUGGGCAUUGUGGUUAAAUAAAAAUGGAGCUCUCUGCUGUACAAAGUGUGAAGAGAACUGUCACUAUCCAUGCGAAUUGGUCCAUCACGUAAUACUCUGUGAGAUGAUAGACUUCAACGACACAUGCAAGUCCUGUGGGUGUCAUUAUUCAUGUCAUGUGAAAGAGACCUGGAGGUAUGUGGAGGAGGUAAUCAUAAGCAAUGUGACCGUAGAAGCUAUGAAAGAGAAGUAUGAAAAGGGUCGAGCAGGCUUGGAUAAGGCAAAAAGCCUUUUGGAAACUCUUGAGAAGGAAAUAGAAAUUCUUCAGAAAGAAAAAGAUCAGUUGUUGGAGGAGUCCUUUCAGCAUGUUGUCAGACUGGAGCAGAUCGCCCUGAAGGUUGAUGCAGUAUCCACUCGUGACCACUUGGACUUCCUGAUUGAGAGGAUGAAGGACACAGCGAAGAAGAGGAAACUGGAAGAGAUGAGAAGUCGAGCUGAUGACAAAGAAGGAACCACAGGAGCUGGUAACGCAAAGAGGAAAAGAACUAGAUGAACUAGAAUGACUGAGAGCAAACAGCUGUGUAGAAAACAAGGUCUUCACUGGUGAUCAAAUGGGUUUUAUAUAAU